AUGUUUCCUGCAUCUCCAAAUGAGCGCAACUUGUUAUCUCGAGUUGUCGCUCGGCGGCGGCGGCGGCGGCAGCAGCAGCAGCAGCAUUAUAUUAACUGCGAAUUUGCGCAGGCGCUGAUAAGCGGAGGGGGGCGGCGCGGGAGCGUGAGGGAAAGAGGAGGGGGAGGGGCCGGGAGCGGGCGGGCGGGCGGCGCCCUCGCCUCGCGCGCAGCUGCAGUCGGUGCGGUGCGGUGUGGUGUGAUGUGGUGCGGUGCGCGCGCGGUGCCUGCCUCCUGAGCGUCCGUGCGGUGCGGUGUGGUGUGGUGCGGGGCGUGCCUCCUGCCUUCCCGUGUGUGAGUGUGGUGCGGUGUGGGGCGUCCGCUCCCGUGUCCCCCAUGUGCAGGCAGUGGGCUGGGGCGGCGUUGGCCGCCGCCGCCGUCGCCGUGGGAACCCUCCCCGCCGCGGCCGCUAUGCUCCGGGUACAAGCAGUGCGUCAUCCGCGUUCCGCUCGUGCUGGGUGUCCGGUUCCGAGACGCGUGCGUCAAGGCCGUCUCGCCAGGCGCUGCCUGCUCACCGUGACGCACGACGUCGCAACGGGGUCGCCCGAGAGGAAAUCUUCUGCUCAGUCCGCGCUGCACUCGGCCGGGGGUUGCCGCACGUUGCCGUUCCUCUCCUCUCCCCGCGCAGCGGUGGCGGCGGCGCCGGCGAGCGGGCGAGCGGGCAGUGCGACGCCGCGACGGCUACCGACCGCCUCCGCCGGCGCUCGCCUCGCCCAGCGCCGCCCGACGCCGCCGCCGCCGCUGCCUCGUACCGACAGAAGUGUGCUCGGCCAGCAGUGUGCCCGAGGUGCGUUAUUGUCUGGACGACGAGUUUUGUUGCUGGAGGGGUUGCUGCACAAGAAACAUGCUGUACUUCUUCAAACUGUCGGUGGCAGUGGUACUGAUCGUGAUGAUUUUGGUGUGGCUGUGUAACUACCUGCGACGAGGGCGCAGCCAGCCCGAGUGCCCGCCGGGGGGCGUGCGACCGCGCGCGCAGCAGCUGCCCGUCUUCGUGACGCGCGCGCCGCCGCGCUCGCCUUCGCACGCGCAGCCGCUCCGCGCAGAGGCCC